CACCAACACCACCUCGAACCGCACUCCAUCACCACGAGAAGCGGCAACCGAAGCACAUCAGCGACUGCACAUCAGCGACUGCGCAUCCACAGACAACAGUAAUCACACUCACGCACGACCGCACAACAUGGCCGAGAGCCAAACUCCAACUUUCAAGCUCGUGCUUGUCGGUGACGGCGGCACCGGAAAGACCACCUUCGUCAAGCGCCAUUUGACCGGAGAGUUCGAGAAGAAGUACAUUGCCACGCUCGGUGUCGAGGUCCACCCACUUGGCUUCACCACCAACCUCGGCCAGAUCCAGUUCGAUGUGUGGGACACUGCAGGACAAGAGAAGUUUGGUGGUCUCCGUGAUGGCUACUACAUCAACGGCCAGUGCGGCAUCAUCAUGUUCGACGUCACAUCUCGUAUCACCUACAAGAACGUUCCAAACUGGCACCGCGAUCUCGUCCGCGUCUGCGAGAACAUCCCGAUCGUUCUUACUGGCAACAAGGUCGACGUGAAGGAGCGCAAGGUCAAGGCCAAGACCAUCACCUUCCAUCGCAAGAAGAACCUGCAGUACUACGACAUUUCGGCCAAGUCCAACUACAACUUCGAGAAGCCAUUCUUGUGGCUCGCACGAAAGCUUGUGGGCAAUCAAUCUUUGGAAUUCGUCGCUGCUCCAGCUCUUGCACCACCAGAGGUCCAGGUCGACCAGGCCGCCAUGGAGGCUGCACAGAAGGAAAUGCAGGAUGCGGCCAACAUGCCACUUCCUGACGAGGAGGACCCAGACUUGUAAACUGCUCAUAUUUACGACGCACGAAGUCACGGCUCGAUGAGCAAUCAGGCUUGGACGGAGCGGCACUUAGCGGGCCAGCGCUCGCGCUCACAGGCCUCUUAGCUGGAACAUGAAGGUCACAAGGACCAGGUGGAGGACAAUGGCCUAGCGGUUUGUGAGCUUUUCUCCAAAACUUCAGCGAUUUCACGACGACAGCAUGCUACGGCAUGUGCUCACACUCGCAGCUCAUGGAAGCGCGAGCAACAUUGCAAAGCGAUGGCGUUUCCCACCCAUACCAACAAGCUGCAUGAAUCUAGAUAGACGAAUCAUAUUGUAUUCAAAAGCACUUUGACUUGGUGUC